GCACACGAAGCCUCACAUCACCAACAGCAGGCAGCACAGAACAGUUUGUUGCCUCUCCUGAGCUCUGCUGUUGAGCCACCCGAUCAGAAGCCGAUUCUGCCCUUACCAAUAACGCAGAAACCUCAGCCUGCACCAGAAACAUUAAAGGAUGCUAUUGUUGGGAUUAAAAAGGAAAAACCUAAAACCUCCUUUGUGUGCACUUACUGCAGCAAAGCUUUCAGGGACAGCUACCAUUUGAGGCGUCACGAGUCCUGCCACACAGGGAUAAAGUUAGUGUCACGGCCAAAGAAAACUCCCACCACAAUGGUGCCCCUUAUCUCGACCAUCGCUGGUGACAACAGCCGAAGUUCAUUGGUUUCGACUAUCGCAGGCAUCCUCUCCACAGUCACUACGUCUUCCUCUGCCACCAACCCCAGCAGUAGUGCCGGCGCAACGGCUAUGGCAGUGACUCAGACGGUGAAGAAGCCCAGCAAGCCCGUUAAGAAGAACCAUGCUUGUGAGAUGUGCGGAAAGGCCUUCAGGGACGUCUACCACCUCAACCGGCACAAGCUGUCCCACUCAGAUGAAAAACCCUUUGAAUGUCCAAUUUGCAAUCAGCGCUUCAAGAGAAAGGAUCGCAUGACCUACCACGUGAGGUCUCACGAAGGUGGCAUCACGAAACCAUACACCUGUGGUGUUUGUGGAAAAGGCUUCUCGAGGCCCGAUCAUUUAAGCUGUCACGUUAAACAUGUUCACUCAACAGAGAGACCCUUCAAAUGCCAAACGUGCACUGCUGCCUUUGCCACCAAAGACAGACUGCGGACACACAUGGUGCGCCAUGAAGGAAAGGUAUCGUGUAAUAUCUGUGGUAAACUUCUGAGUGCAGCAUAUAUCACCAGCCACUUAAAGACACACGGGCAGAGCCAAAGUAUCAACUGUAAUACCUGUAAACAAGGCAUCAAUAAAAGCAUAGCAUGCAUGAGUGAAGAGACCAGCAAUCAGAAGCAGCAACAGCAGCAGCAACAACAGCAGCAGCAGCAACAACAGCAGCAGCAGCAGCAACAGCAGCAACAACAACAACAGCAGCAGCAGCAACAGCAGCAGCAGCAGCAGCAUGUAACAAGUUGGCCUGGAAAGCAGGUAGAGACCCUGAGAUUAUGGGAAGAGGCCGUCAAAGCGAGGAAGAAAGAAUGUCAGUUCACCUUUGAGAAGGCUAUAGAGUACGUACCAUUCGAAGCUGCUAACUUGUGCCAAACCUCCACUGCUGCUACUACGCCUGUGACUCUUACUACUCCAUUCAAUAUAACGUCCUCUGUGGCUUCUGGGACUAUCACAAACCCAGUCACAGUGGCAGCUGCAAUGAGCAUGAGAAGUCCAGUAAAUGUAUCAAGUGCAGUUAAUAUAUCCAGUCCGAUGAACCUAGGGCAUCCUGUAACUAUAACAAGUCCAUUAUCCAUGACAUCUCCAUUAACGCUCACCACACCAGUCAAUUUACCCACCCCAGUAACCGCUCCAGUGAAUAUAGCGCAUCCAGUCACUAUAACAUCUCCCAUGAACCUCCCCACACCAAUGACGUUAGCUGGUCCGUUAAAUAUAGCAAUGAGACCAGUAGAGAGCAUGCCUUUCCUGCCCCAGGCCUUGCCCACGUCUCCUCCCUGGUAAAGAAUUUCUAAACAGUAUUAAAAAGGAUUAAAAUGGAAUCCUUACCAGCAGUUCUUUUUUGGGUUUUGUUUGGUUGGGGUUUUUUUUUUUUUUUGUUGUUGUUUUUUUUUUGUUUUGUUUUGUUUUGGUUUUGUUUUGUUUUAGUUAAUAAUAAAUUCAGACUAAGACACUGGGGCAACAUGCACCAUCAGAGACCAUAGUAGCAUCUUCCCCUGUUGAUUUGGCUCAUAUGGUUCAAACUUGAGUUUCACUGGAGCACUUCAUUUAAAGUAAGUUUUACCUUUUAGCUGACUGAUGCUGAGUUAGAGCAGAUACUUAUUUGCCAGAGUUUUAAAAAAAAAAAAAAAAAAAAAAAAGAAAAAAAAGGGUCAUUAAAAAACAGUUUUAUGUUUUAUCCCCCAAAUUA